GUAGCAGCAACAGCAACAGCAAAGCCCGGGACGCUUUUGCAAGCGGGAGGGCAGAGAACCGGCGCCCGGGGUAGCCCGGCCGGAGGAGCCCGCAAGCCGCUCUCUCUGCUGGAGGGAGCUUGCAAUUGCAAUAUGACUUUGGAGGAAUUGGCGACUGGCGAGCCAAAGAUCGAAAGGAUGGAUAAAGUGGGGGACGCCCUGGAAGAAGUGCUCAGCAAAGCCCUGAGUCAGCGCACCAUCACGGUCGGCGUGUACGAAGCAGCCAAGCUGCUCAACGUGGACCCCGACAACGUGGUGCUGUGCUUGCUGGCUGCAGACGAGGACGAUGACAGGGACGUGGCCCUGCAGAUCCAUUUCACCCUGAUCCAGGCUUUCUGCUGCGAGAACGACAUAAACAUCAUGCGUGUCAGCAACCCGGGGCGCCUGGCCCAGCUCCUGCUGCUGGAGCCCAAUGCAAGCCCGGCCAACGAGGGUGCCCAGCAGCCCCCCGAUUUGCACUGCGUGCUGGUGACGAAUCCACAUUCAUCGCAAUGGAAGGAUCCGGCCUUGAGUCAACUUAUUUGUUUUUGCCGGGAAAGUCGUUACAUGGACCAGUGGGUGCCGGUGAUUAAUCUCCCCGAGCGGUGAUGGCAGCUGAGUGAAAAUCACUGAAGCAAAUUGCACUGAAGUUUUGAAAUACCUUUGUAGUUACUCAAGCAGUUACUCCCUACACUGAUGCAAGGAUUACAGAAAUUGAUGUCAAGGGGCUGAGUUUAACUACAUGUUCUGGGGGCCCAGAGAAAGAGAUGAUGACUUUGCAGGUGGCAAGAAGUGAAAAUGAAGAAGGAAGCUGUGUUGAAACGAACAUAAGUCAAAAGGACCAAACAUGACAAAGCACCAAGCAGGAAGGAAAACAAACUAUUAAUCUGGGAUGGUUGAAUUACAUUGAGAUAAACCAAAUGAUGUUUUAUUAAAAGAUUUAAAUGUGCCACGAGCAUUUGGGUGCUUUUUUUUUUUUUUUUUUGGCUUAUGUGCCCUCAAGUUAAAGCAAAGCAGAAAAGGUUAAUCCUCUUUGAAAACCAUAUUUUAUUGUUCUUUGAUGAGAUGAUGUUAAUUUUCAAAGCUUUAUUAUAAAUCAUACUAAGUUAUUUUAUGAUGUGAAAGGUUAUUUAUGCUAUAAAUUUUUGAAACACGAUGCCUACAAUAAACUGGUAUGGAUAAUCACAUCA